UCAAAGAUGGCUUCAGCUGACAAAAAUGUAGUGGGGUUACUAAAUGGAUUGGCACGAAGGGAAUAUUUCGGAGAAUCGGAAAUCACUGACGACUUCCUGCACCAAGAACUUUUUCCCGACCUAGGAAGAGAGCAAUUUGAUGCAAUGCUGUCGAGAUACGAGAAUUUAAUGCGAAAUAUCGUAUCUGCGGAUAUGGAUUUCAAUCAACUCGAAGCCUUUCUGACAUCUCAGACGAGACGAAAACAAGGCUCACUGACCCAGGAACAAGCUGCAGCGUUUUUAAAGUUCUGGAAAUCGCAAAAGGUAAAAAUCCACGAUGUCUUGGUCCAGAGAUCGUCGUGGAAUAACAGAUUGAAGGACAUCAGCUGGAGGAUUGAUCUGAAGAGCCAGGGGAGACAUCUUCAACAGAUCAACACACCUGUAGCUAUCGUGGAGAUGCAGGUUGAGAAACGAUCAACUGAGAAUAAGGAAACAGAUGUUUUCCAGUUUGAAAUGGAUGAAUCUCAGCUCUCAAAUAUCCUCUCAAGUAUUGAUGAAAUUGAAAAGAAACUCACAAGUUAUGCCCAGUGAAUUUUCACAUUCUCUCAAUCAGAGAGUAGUGAUACUGAUACACAAAUGACUACCCACAAAACAAAAAGGUCUUCAGUAAUGAUAAAUUGUUGAUUCUCAGAAUGAUUACCUAGUUAGAUAGCUUCAUUAUGUGAAUAUUACAUUGUAGGUGAGAAUUGAAUAAUAAUCAAGCUGAAAUAGUUUUUCAACUAAUUUUCAUCAAAUGUAUAACAAAGUCCAUGUCUCAAACAAUAUUGUGAUAAUUAGAAUACAACUUUCUUUUAUAGGGGUGUGGCACAAUGGGGCACAGAAUAACAGCUAAAGAAAAUGAAACAAGCAGCCCUGUAACCCUUUACAUCCUAACAUCAGUAUGCAUAUUCUCCACACUUUUCUUUAUACAUUUUCCAAGGUGCUUACAAGGAGAAUUUGUUUGUCAAUCAAAAGCUUCCUUCCCUUGUGACCAUUUCCUUUAUUCUCAUGACCUUAAUGUGCAAUUCAGGAGUGAUAUUGUAGGGAGAAAUUAAAUUCUAGUCACUGUAAGGGUUUAAAGGGAUAAAGAAACAACAGGAUUUUUCUUUUCUAGUUGUAAAUUUUUGCACCAUACUCUCCCUCAUUUUGGCUCUGCUGCUGCUAUUGCACCAUUUAUUAUUUUGCACAGAGUUCACAUGGUCUUAUUUGCCAGACACCUGGAACAGGUUCCUAAGUCACUCCCCUCUCACUUUAGUUGAAUAAGUACAAUUUCUCCCAAACAAGUUUGGAUGAUUAUAGAAGUAUCAAUGAAAGUAACAGGUGAACUUUGUGAGAAUUUGAAAGAGACUAUUGCAGGUUUUUAUUUAUAUUUCUUUUCCUAUUAAACCCUGUACCACAAAUAAAUACAUAAACCUACAAAAAUAAUUGAAAAUCCCAGUAGCAAUUUCAUUUAAGGUAAGGCUUGAUGUAAUGAUGUAAACUAAUAACAUGUCAUCAUUUUGACUUAUGAAUGUAAUCCAUCAGCAUUUCCUCUCAUGAAAGAAGCAACAUGUUCCAAAAUUAUUCACUUAGUAUUGUAGAAAUAGUGAAAGGCAUAACAAGGUUUUCAAAGAGAUGAAGUAUAGAAUAAAUAAAGUAAAUCUUAAAUAUAGUGGCUUAAUUGUUAGUUAAGUUUGUAAUAA